CAUAAUACAUCUAUAAAUGGACAUAUCUAAUAAAAGAAAAAGAUUUCUUUAUAGUAAUCAUUAUCUAAGCUAAUUAUGAAUGUAACUUGGCCUGUAAUUCUUCUAGUGCUACUGCCGGUUGCAAGCCCGGGUAAAAAAAAGAAGGAGGGGGGUGGGGAUAUGGUCGGCAACCUCAUCCUGUAAAAAACAACUUUGCUAAGAAACACUAACCACUAGUCAUAAUUAAUAGAAUUGACCAACACUACCAUUACUACUAAUGGCUACUCGUACACAAGAUUUUGGAAUUGAUGUAGCAAUUUCUAGAAAGUUGAAUAGUAGAUAUGAUCCAGAUGCAGAACGUCAAGUUAUGGGAUGGAUACAACAAUUAACUGGACAAAAUAUUCCACUUGGACGUGAAAAUGUACAAAGAACAUUAAAAAAUGGUCAAAUACUUGUUGAACUUAUCAAUGCUGUAUAUGAACGUACACCGAAUUUACCACCAAAAGCUCAAACAAUACGUAGACCAAUAAAAGCAAAUGCAGGAACUGCACCAUUUAAACAAAUGGAGAAUAUUCAACGAUUUCUUGAUUUAUCCGAAGCUUAUGGUGUACCACGUGAAUGUUUAUUUCAAACUGUUGAUUUAUUUGAAGCAAGAAAUAUGGCACAAGUACUGGCUACUUUAUUACAAUUAGGAACUGAAUGUCAACGUAAUGGAUUUCAAGGUCCUGUCUGUGGACCUAAACCUACUUAUUCACAACCACGUCAAUGGACUGAAGAAAAAUUACGUGCUGGUGAGGGUAUUAUUGGUUUACAAGCGGGAACAAAUAAAUUAGCAUCACAAAAAGGCAUGUCAUUUGGUGCUCAACGUCAUAUUGCAGAUAUUCGAUGUGAUGAUAUGACACCAGAAGGUGCUGCUGUAAUAAGUUUACAAAUGGGUACAAAUAAAUUUGCAUCACAAAAAGGUAUGAGUUUUAGUAAUCAACGUCAUAUUGCCGAUAUAAAAUGUGAUGAUUUAUCACAAGAAGGUAAAUCUGUAAUCAAUUUACAAAUGGGUACAAAUCAAUUUGCUUCACAAAAGGGUAUGCGAAUUGGUAGUAGUCGUCAUAUAGCUGAUAUACGAUGUGAUGAUAUAUCAAAAGAAGGACAAAAUAUUAUAAGUUUACAAUAUGGUACAAAUAAAUUAGCUAGUCAAAAAGGUAUGCGUAUGGGUGGACAACGUCAUAUUGCUGAUAUACGUUGUGAUAAUUUAUCAGCUGAUGGUGCAUCGGUUAUUGGAUUACAAAUGGGUUUACCACAAAAUCAAGUUGCAUCACAAGCUGGUAUGUCAUUUGGUGCACAUCGACAUAUUAAUGAUUCACAUUAAAAAAAAGGAGAGGAAUGAUGUAUUGUGUUUACAAAUAUUGAUUAAAUUUCUUUUCUGGAACCUAAUAGACACAUACACACUCACACACACACACAGCCCCCUUCUUCCCUGUCAAAACAAAAUGCACAUAAUUAUUUAUUUUUAAAAGCCAAUAUUGGAGAAAUUUCUUCUUUUUUUCUCUUUUCUGGUUUAAUUAUUCGAACAAUCAUAAGUUUUUUCUAGUUGCCAAGGCAACAAAGAAUAAAUUUUCAACAAAAACUUUUCUGAGAAAAACAUAAAAUUCUUUUAGCCUUUAAUCUAAUUCUACACUUAUGUUUGUUUAUUUAUUUAUUUACACUUUCUAAUCAUACUGGUGUGUAUGACCUAUGCUCGACCUCCUCCACGAUGGGGUACAAAGGCGUAAUCAUACACAAUGAACAAAUGACCUUCACGGGAAUACAUUCUUUAUUUAUUUAUCUAUUUAUUUAUUAACAGAUUGUAUGUUUACCAUUAAAUUUUGAAACCAACCAAAAGUAAUUUGGGUUAUUUAUUGUGGAAUAAACACAAGAUUAUUUCUGCUUACCUUCAGGAUGACAAUUGUCAUAAAGCUUAAUCUAUGAAAGAUUGUUUGUGUGUGUGUGUGUGCACCAUAGUGGUUAUAUUCAGUAGGAAGUAAACCAUAAUGGGUAUCUAUUUGAUUCAUUGAAAGAAAGAUCUUGGAAAGUGGUAUACAUACAUAUACAUAUAUAGAUUUGAUAGAACUUUUGUUUAUUUGGGGGAAAAGAACAAUGAUACUAUUUAUUAUUUCUAUAUUAUUACUCUUUAAAGCAUGCAAUUUAAUAAAUGCUUUUGAAGGUGUGC